AUGAACUUUGGUGCUAUUUUACGCAGCGCUUAUUACUUCGGUGCAAACAAAGUCAUUUUCUCAAAAGAAAACAGUUCCAUAAUAAACCCUGUGGUGAGCAAAAGCAGUGCUGGGGCUUUAGAGCUGCUUCCAAUGGCAUUUACCAACACAGAACAAACCCUGAUGUCUCUCUUAAGGAAUCUAAAGAAAUAUGGAUGGAAACUUGUAGGAACUGUUGGUAAGAAUUGUGAAUUUGAGGGAAAGACUUUGAAACAAAUUGGAGAUAUCUGCCUCCAUGAUCCAACAGUACUCAUCGUUGGUAACGAAGGUACUGGUCUCUCCAAACAGAUGUUGCAUUUGUGUGACCAUCUGGUGACAAUCCGUUCCCAUGUGGACAAUGAGCAGAUUGAUAUUGAUUCCCUCAAUGUGUCAGUAGCUACAGGAAUACUGCUGCAUUCACUGAAGAAAACAUCGCAGAUGUCUUAAAACUGCAGCGUUAAAGAAGGCCAUUCAAUCACUGAUCAUUAAUCAUUAUUGUACAGAUGUACUGUUUCUACAUCUUCACCGAAACCAACCUAAAACAUCUCCCAAUCCUACUUCCCCUUGUAAUUCCCUCCCCACAUAUGUCUACAUGUUACACCCAGAC